AUGAAAUUUAACCCUGCGACUGUGGACUUUAGGGUUGCGGGGCCGGAGAACGCGGAACUCUUACUGGAAGCGGCCUCGAACGAAGCCUCGUUGUCUCCGGAGUCGCGGUUCCCACCAAGGCGGCUUGACGGAGCUACACACAUCUGUUCGUGCGCAUCGCCAAGCACGGAUGCGACGUCACGACCCUCUGACGAAUCGAGGCUUCAGGAAAAACGGCCAUCGCAGCAUGACACAACGGCGCCGUCUACCUCGAGCACCCACCAGGAGCAGCUCCCUCAGCAACAACAACAGCAGCAGCAGCAGCAGCAGCAAGAUCAGCAGGCGCGGGCUAGUCAUCAAGAUGCCGGUGAACCGGGCCGUUGCGUCGAUUGUGGUAAACUCCGUAAGCUUGUUAUUUCGUAUACGAUUGAAGAUUUGGACACGAUCGACGCGACCCCCUUAGAGAGUAAACUGCCACCGAGAGCCUGCAGCUGCGAGGCGAUAAGUUCGUUGUACAUGGGCGACGGGGCCGGUCCCAGCAGUGUCGAGGAGCAACAUCAGCGGCCCGAUCUUCGAAAGUUUCGAAGCGUCGAGCCGAGAUGGGCGAACGCCAGUUUCCUCGCGCCCGAGGACGCUUUAGCCGAGGAUUUGCCACCGAAACACUCGAUCGACGGUAACGAGUAUCGCUGGGAACUCCACACCUCGAAAACGGACGUUGAUCUGACGCGGAAGGUCAAGUGCAGCUGUCACAAUCUCACGCCCGAGGAGAAGAAGCCCCACGAGCGCGGUGAUCUUAGGAAGCAUCACAGUGCCGAGACCGACAAGUGGUCGAUUCCUCCCGAUCACUUGCUAGCGACCCCCCACGACUUGCGAAAGCAUUUGAGCGAUGACUCGAGGAUGGCAGCCCGUGGCGAAGUUCCCGGCUGGACUCUCCAGGUUCCAGAAGUCAUGCCGAACCCAAAGCCCCGAUGCACAUGCCCCAAGCCGACGACCAUUUCGCCGUCGCCCCUCGACGACAAAAAGGCAAGGUUUCAGGAUCCCGAGAACAGAAGCCUCUACGCUAAAUCUUUGACGAGCGAAGAGCCGAGAACGAGUACAGCGGCGAGCGAGAACCGGCCAGAGUUGAAGAAACACGCGAGCGAAGAUCCUCGCCCAGGUGCUAAAGCAGGUGGACGAACGAAGGAACGCGGUAAGCUCGUGCAGCAAAAAGCUGUCGUCAUAAGCACUGGAACGUCGAAAAAGUGGGACGUCAAGGAACGUCCGACGGCUUUGGUAAGUCCGGAAGACGAAGCGCGCACCAAAGCUCAGCGUUCGAGGUGGGCCGGCAUGCCACAUUUCUCGUUGCCGGUUGAGCGGAGGGACACCAAAUGGCGCAAAGGGCAGGACUCCUUUGCCGAGGGAGCCAAGAGCAAGAGCCUGAAAGAGAGACCGAAGUACAGCGUGCGGAGAAGCAUUUCGCCGGAACCCGAUCCAAGAGGUUUGCUCAGGCUCAACAAUCGCGUUGUCAAGAGACUGAUAUCCCCGGAAAUCACAAUAACCGAUGCGAAGUGGGCGCCGUACGAGGGUUAUUCGCCGCUACCAACGAUUGGUAUAAAGAAGCGAGAGCCGAAGCACAUAAGCGACAUUAAAUGGACGCCCUACGAUAAUUCACCCUCGGACGAGAGUUACGGGAAUCUUCCACCGCCGGAAGAUCCGAAUCGCUCCCCGUUCCAGCAUCCAACGCCGUGUUUUCCGCCGCCGCUUGCUUCGCCCGACCGCGUCGUUGACGACGAAGAGAAAGAACGCUGGCGAUUUCUCAAUGUCAUAUCACCGUUUCCUCUGUACCAGGGAGCCUGGAAGGACGAAUCGCCGGAGAAAACACCACCGAAGAGAUACUCGUCGCCCGAAGAUCUUUCGCCGCCUGUUUGGUCGCCGCAGGAACCAGCCACUCCUGUCAAACGCCCGAAGCCACCGUCGCCCAAAAAGGCCCCGAGCAAGAGCCACGGAGCUUCUAAAAAGCGUGGCAUCCGCGGUCGCUCCGAGAGCAAACACCAUCCGGCCUCGGAUAAACUUCAGCUGCCAACGACCACCCUCGUACGUGCCUCCAGCGAAGAGCCAAAGUCACGUAUGAGACCGCAAUUGCUGCGAUCGAAGGCUCUCCUCGAAGUGCCCAAAAGCGGCGCAAUCAGCGCGACCAAGCGCUCCCAGAGCGAGGAAGUGCCGCGUUAUCGUUCUUCCGAGGGCUGGCGCGGUCCGAGCAGAGCCAAGAGCGAAGAAGCCUCCAGAUUCGGCGAUCCUUGGUCCAGCAUCGACUCCGAGUCUCCCGAGGUCCGACAGUACGUCACGACUGUUUGAAUUUCCAUCGAGCUUUUAGGAACAUUUUUUUCUCGCCCGAUUUACUAAAGUCUGAUAUUUACCGGUGUAUGUGUGAUCCGGAAGCGCGCAUGUGUGUAUAUCUGAAGGUUCUUGCCUCUUCUUAAACAAAUAUUAUCUUUUACAGGCAGGAACAUAUUAUAUUUGGCUAACAUUUUUUAUAGAAAUCGAGUGCUCGGAUAUGAAAUUUUUCUAAACGUUACAUCCCAGCCUAGGAACUGAUCGCCUCAAGCCAUGAGAAACGAGCAAAAGACUUGAUCCCCUUCUGUUCCAAUUUCGUUUCAAAACUUAAAACGACUCUUCAUACGUUUCGAAGUUGCGUCAUUUUUUAUGCCAACAUUUUCUCCUCAAUCAUUCUCCUUCGAGAGAAUCCAGUCGACAAUUCUUCUUUGUCUUUCGGUGACUUUCCGACGCCCAUUUUCUCAUGGUGUUUGCGCAGUAAACGAGGAAUUCCUACGUGAGAUGCGAUAAAUGGCAGCGAGUAUCAAGGUGUAACUAAAAAUUUCAGAUAAAACUAAGAGAAUGAAUCAGGCGAAUAAAAAAUCUCUUGAACCGAGCCUAGAUCGCGAAUCCUCGAUCCUUUUAUAACAAAGGCCGGUCUAGUAAAUAGAAACAACAACAAAACAAUAAAAGUUAAUGAAAAAUCGUAAUACAAGAAGAAGAAAAAAACCAUUGAAAGGACGUUGACGUUUGUCGGCCUACGCGGAAAGAGAUUAGCAAGAAACGAUUGAAAUGUGACACUCGAAGGAUCGCGCGAGAAAAGGAGAAGGGGGGGGGGGGGGGGGCGCGCGCGCGCGACAAUGCGAGUGUGAUAAAAAAAAAAUCAGAUUCCAGGCUCGAUAGUGCGAAGAGGAUUCAGGCGGUACGGAGACGGGAUUGGGAACUCGGUUGGCUCGGAGCUCGUGCGGGACGAUUGAAUUAUUGAUAUUAUAUAUUUGUAAGUUUGUUAUGACUAAAAAGGGGCGAAAAGAUUGGAGAAUUGUGCAAGAGAAGAGCGACUCGCGGUGGAAUAUCGAAGGGACAACGGGCAAAGUGCAUCGCAAGCUGAGGGUUCAAAGUUUCUGACGAGGCACGAAAACUCGUGACUCGUAAUCCUCUGGAAACACAGAUUGAAAAAAAGACAUUGUGAGUGCGUGAGAUUGCGUCAUCGGAACUUUCUCGUUCCCGUUAAAAUGAACGAGAAUCAAGCCCAAAAGGGGAGAAAAUGCAUUCACUCGUGAAAGAUACGACGGUGACGACGAUCAGGGGCGUUUACGAGAUAUCGGAUUAAAUUGACUGUAGAGCUAAAGAAUUUGAAUAACGAUAAUAAUUAAACGUUUAGAGUGUAAGUAGCGACGAGGCCGUAACGGGUCCAGACAGAAUCGUAAUUUAUAUUGUAUUUAUAUCUAUUUAUAUAUGUGUAUAUAUGUAAAAAUACAUAUAUAGGUAUAUAUACAUGGGUAUAAGACGCUGCUCAGAUAUCGAGAAACCUUGUAUUCGAAGAGGAGAGUUAAUGGUGAGGAUAAACACACGCAUUCAGAUAUUAAAAAAAAAAAAAAAAUCAGCGGACAGAGAGUGAGUGGCGAACACGCUAAAAGAAUCCAGUCGCGCAUCGGGCGUGGGUGUGGACGGCGCUGAUCUCGUUGCAGAGAUCGGUCCUUCGGGGCGCUUGGUUUUCACUCGCUCGACUCAUAUAGUAAUUCGUCAUACGCGCCAUAAUUAUAAAUUAUUAGCAUAAACUGUGUUAUUGAACUUUUGCAGAAAAUAUUGAGGGAACGACGACGAUAAAUGUGGAAAAAGAAAGGAGAUCGAGGUGCCGAAGGUUUCGCGAGCGAAUUUCUAUGAACGGUACCGAUCCACUCGGAGCAUCGCCGUUCAUAACGAAAUCGUGGAUUAUAAUCGCCCGUGAGAUCGCACGUAGUCGUAAGAAAUGAUGAUUUUGUUUUUCCUUCUACUUCUUUCCGGAAUCUCAUCCGUCAUUAAAUUCGGUGGGUGAUCGAACCUCGGGUCUUCGCGACCCGAGGAAAACCCCUGCCGGGGCGUGCAAUAUUCAAAUAGACUUAUUAACAAAAGGAAAACAAUUAGUUAAGGUAACUCGAUUUAGUAACGUAAGUGAGGUAUCAAAGGGUAAGCCAUGUAUUCUGCGUUUACAUAAACUGCACUUAUCAAUACGGUUAGCGAUCAGUGAUUAUAUUCGUUGUGCAGUAUUGAUUUCAUAUGUUUUUACGUUUCAUUACUUCGGCGCACGACCUCCUCGUCGGGCGUUGUUUUUCAACGAUUAUCCUUAUUAUUGUCAUCAUCAUUAUUAGUAUCAUUAUUGUCACUAUCUGGUGUACGGUGUCUGUGAUGAAUGCGUUCUUCUCUCUUCCGUGUACGAUUUCACGAUAGAAUAUUUCAGCAGGUUUACGAAAAUUGUAUCACGAUUCUCGUCACCAUUUUCCUGGUGAAAAAAAUGAGAAAAACAAUGAAAAAUUGGGGAGCUGAAAUCAACGACGCGAGAGAGAAAGAGCGAACGAAGCGCGUUCUCGUUAUCUUCAAACACGAGAAUUUGCAUACACUUUUUUGGCAACUUCAUUUUUGUUCGAUUCGAUUACGUUAUUUCGAAUCAACGAUCUUACGCGCAUAAAGAAAGUUGAUUGCGAUUUAGUGCGAUUGAAAUUUGGGAGAAACGUUAAACGGAGGGUCACCAUCUCGUUCUUACGGAUACGUAAGUUUAUUGAUAUUAUCGCCAUCGAUGUAUAUAUACAUACUUACAUAAUAUGUAUACAUCUGUAUACAUGAUUUUUAGCAAAAGUAUUCGUACUUGUAACAAGAAUGUUCGCUUGGGAGUGAGCAUUCGUAAGAAGUCGGUUUAAAGUGAUUUAAUCUCGUCGGGCGUUUAACGAUCAACACGAAAGUGUACUUCGCUAUUUCGUUAAGGAAAUAUCCGAUAUCAUUUAGCGUAAGUUAAAACUCGCGGCAUUCGCAAUCACAAUAUAAGAUUUUGAUUUUUCAUUUUUUUCUGCCAUUUCUCUCUUGUUUCCUCUUUAUUCUCAUCCCCCUGUCAAAGUCUCAUAUGUUAAAUAUAUACGAAAACAUAUUACAUUUAUUGUAAUUAAGUCUCCCGCUAAUGUACAGCUGCUCGAUCGGUAUUGAACAAAAUCGAAAUUCCCUGGCGCACCAACGACAGCAGUUUUUUAAAACGUUUUCACAAUGCUUGAUUCUCGAAACGAAAUUAAUCGGCACUCGAAAUUUAUUUGGUAACGUGCUCGUUGCGAUAAUUACUUUGAAUGAUGAAUUCCGUUGAUUCAACGCCACGAACUGGUCGCUCGGGAAUUGGUUUUUGUUCGAUUCCUCGUAUCGAUUAAUUAAGGGAGAAUCAACGAUGCGUUUUGGGACGAGGGAUGGAAAAAUAGUAACUGAGAUAAACGCGAACAGCGAUUAAUCCAGUAGUGAUGCGUAUUUUCGAAAUCUACUCUGCAUCUGCGUUCAAAUUUUCCGCGAUCCGCUGACCAAACAGCCCUAAAAAAGAUCCGAGACUCUCGAUUGACGAUUUUUAUAUUGCCGUCGCCCGAAAAAACUGGUUCUUUGACCGUUAGAAAUACUUUGUUUGUUGCUGCUCCAACGUUUCCCGUCGCUUCUGAGAGCAAAUUCAGACCCGCUAAUAUUUUUCUACCUCUGUUUUCCACCGGAAGCAGCAGAACUUGAGAAAAAUUGAAAAAAAAAACGUCGUCCCAGAUUUCUCGUGGCGUUAAACGUUGGUGCUUUUCGCGCACUUUCAACAUUUUCUUCAAUCAUUUAUUUAGCCAUUCGAGUUCGAGAUAUUGAGGGCUGUAAAAUGAGCAUUUUAAUCGUGCAAUUCUGCAAACGGUAACGACGAUAUAAAAAGAGCCAAAACCGAGAGUUCUAUGGAGCAUUUUAAUCCGGAGUACCGCAUUAAUGAGUUCUGGUUAUCCGGUCGAAACAUUCCUCUCCCAGAGACGUUAAGUCGCGUGCUGUGAUUGAUUUAAAUAUGUAAAUCCGCAUCAUCGAUGUUCGCGUUGUAUAUACGUCGUGAUACAAGCGUGGUACACGGUGCUGCGGAGUUCGGUACGUCGAAUAAACUCUCGUCUCUUCCUCGGAGCGCUUUUGCAUUAUAUAUAAAUUGUACAUUGAGGAAAAUUGAGAUACGAAUGCGAUAUAAUUGUGAAGAGAAAUGAUGAAACAAGCGCUCAACGAUUCUCCGAGAGUCUGAGAAUAUGUAGAUUCGAUGUGGAACUCGAUAAAAACUAUUUGUAAGUCAGAGAGAAAAAGAGAGAGAGAGAGAAGAUUUAAGAAAAUCGAUGAUAUAGACAAAAAAGAAGGCGUGAACAAGCGAAAGAAUCCCAAUGGUGUAGUACAGUAUAUCCGUGCUGCCAUUAGCGUAAAACAAAGACAGCUGAAGCCAAAAUAGUUAAUGAAAAACUCCUAUACCCGAACGUAUAUAUUUAUUAAAUAAAUAUUAUAUAUACAUAAAUAUAUAUACCCAUACAUUUGAAUCAUGUAAUUCGUUUGCAGUCUGAGACUUGUUUAGAACUUCUCGUGUUAAAUUUAGCAAUUUCAUCCGUAUAAUCGAACGAUUGCGAGAUCGGGCCAAGUCACACAUUCGACGUUACUACGUAUUAUAAACCUAGAUUAUUAAAAGAUGAAAGAAAAAGAAGAACAAGAGCAGCAACAACGUAUAAGAAAAUAAAAGGGAAAGAGAAUAAUGAGAGCGAUAAAAUGAAUAUCGAGUGAAAGAGAUCUGCGGAUUAACUAGCCAUGUAUACCUCGAUCGUGAUUCAUUUGUUAUUUAUUUAUUCGUUACGUUGCUUCUUACGAAUUUUCAUAUUAAUCGUACGAGAAAGAUCGUAUGACGCUCCUAGUCUGAUUGUAAUUUCUAGUCGUUCGGUUCAUUACUUUCGUUUGGAUGCCACUUUCGACGAGUAGGAAACCAGCCCUUCCCCGAAUCCUCACCCUCGCCGCGCCCUCUAACCGAUACCCCGAAUUAUUUGCUCGUGAUCUGAUCCUGAAACAGAGUGACGGCGUGUGUUACAGGAUUAUUAAGCCUGUACGUAGAGCGAUGCAUUGCCUGUGCAACUAUACAAUAUACAGCCCGUAAUAUGAGGUCGAUGUUGAUUUGUUUAAAUAAAUGUAAGUUCGAAAAUCCAAAA